AUGGCAGAAACAAGCUUUGAGCCGCGGAUACAGCAACAACCGCAUCAACAUACAAAACAUUAUCAUCACGACAAACCUCACCAUGGCCAUGGGUCGUAUGUAAGAGACAGUGGAUUCCAAGACUCGACGAUUGACAUUGCCGCGUUAAAUGGGCACCUUGAAGCCGCUAAAUUUCUAGAAAAAAGCUUAAUAAAUGAUGAAAAGAAUACACUUAAAAAUGACAAUAGCAAAAGUAAUGAUAGUAGUGGAAUGCUUGAUCCUUGGGGAAAUACGAAUAAAGAUCAAGAAGAUGAUUUCACAAAAUCGAUUAAAUUUAACAAGUCAUUACCACCAACUCCUGCUGCGUCUGACGAUGAUGGAAUGGAGAAUAACUUUAAUCAGUUCUCAGAGAUGCUUAAUACUACUACCAAUCUUCCUACCAUCACAGAAGACUCGAUGCUUAUUGAUGGAUUGGAAGAUGAGCGAGUAAUUAUGUUGAAGAAGUCGAUAUCCGAGGAGGAGAAAAAGGUGGAAAUUAAUAAGAUCUUUUCGUCAGCCGUCAGCAAUGGUAAUACAGAAAGAGUAUCAAAAAUGUUGGAGAAUGCAAGGAGUUAUAUUGAUAUUGACGCUCAAGACGAGGAUGGCAUUACUCCCUUGAUAUAUGCUGCAUGUUUUGGCCACAACAGCGUCGCAUAUACUCUUAUAGAAGCCGGUGCAAAAGUUGAUUCCCAAGAUCGAAACGGUUGGACUCCAUUAAUGUGGGCUACAAACAACAAUCAUGGCUCUACUAUCCAAAUACUUUUAGAUAGUGGUGCAGAUGCUGGUGCCAAAUCGGCUAAAGGCCACACUGUAUUUAACUUUGUUCCACCUGAUAAUCAUAAAAUUGCCGAUAUAUUUAUCCAUAAUCCAAAGAGAGAAAGCUGGUCCAGCAAUGAAAGCAUAGGUGGAUGGUAUAUGGUGGGUGAUGCUGAAAACCGAUUAGAAGAAUCUUUGGCUGAGGCUGAAAGGAAAAGUAGAAUGCUCAUAGAAAGCUCUUUAAAUCUAGAAAUAGAUUUAGAAAGCCUAGGAAUCGAUGAUCCAGAGAAUACAGAAGAGGAAGAAACACCAUAUGAAUUCGUAUGGGAACACUGUCUCCCUGAUCAAAUGUUUGUUUUUUCAUCGGAAGAUAUUCCACAUAUUCUACACACAGUUAUCACAGACAUGCAGCCAAUUAGGUCAAAGGCACAAAAACCUGUGCCCGCCAAUGUUUUAUUCUUGAGUGCUCGAUUUGCACACUAUUUUAGUAGUCCUGAAUUAUUAGAAGAAUUGCUCUAUGGUAUUAUUGACACUAUUGAUAUGGUUGUCCGGUCGAAACCGGAUGAUAUGACUUUGCAAUCUUUUUGGAUCUCCAAUUGUACACUUUUGUACUAUUAUCUAAAAAAAGAUUCUGGACUUGCAAAAUCUACCGUAGAAUAUCAAAUUCGUUUUGCGGAACUUAUUCACGAAAUAUUUGUAAUGUUGGUGCGUGAUGCCGAAAGACGAUUUGAUAAAAUAUUGGAAGCAUCAAUGUUGGAUUUUGAAACUAUUCCAUUAGACGAUGUACGAUUUGAAGGUGAAUGGAGAGUCUUUAGAAGUUUAACGAGAAGGUCUCAUAGUCCUUCAUCAAAUACUGUUUAUCCUGUAAAACCAACUUCACAACUACGACGAAGUUCUUCAACAUCCGGAGUACCAUCAUCAAAUCGAACCGCUCCUCCGUCUCCAAGACAAAGAAGUCAUCCAUCUCCACGAAAUGUCACUUCACUAUUAUCCUCUACACUUUUCAUCUUACAAACAUAUGAAUUACAUCCGAGUAUCGUGGAACAAGUAAUCUCUCAACUUUAUUAUUAUAUAUCAAGCGAACUAUUCAAUCGAAUUCUUGCGAAAAAGAAAUACAUAUGUCGUUCUAAGGCUAUGCAAAUCAGACUUAAUGUUUCCACUCUCGAAGAUUGGGCACGCACCAAUAAUCUUUCAACAAAUACAUCAUCACAUUGCCAACCAUUAGUUCAACUCUUGCAAUUGCUUCAAUGUUGGUCGCAAAUGGCAGAUUUCACGAUGAUGGUACAAACAACUAAGGAAUUACAUUUAAUCAAUCCUGCUCAAUUGAAACGAGUAAUGAAGAAUUAUCGAUAUGAAGUAAAAGAAGCUCGAUUGCCCGAAGAAUGCCAACAAUAUAUUCAGCAAUUGGAAGAGGAUCAUGAACGACGGAGAAAACGUAAUUCCACAGAAAGCAUUCGAAGUGUGUACAGUGAAUCAAGUAUUUACCUAAUUGGUAAUGGAAGUCCAACUAAUAGUAACGGAGGUUCAGGAUGGGAAGAAGAGGAAGAUUUAAUGGAGACAAAAGAUAGUAAAAUGUUGCUUCCAUUCGCCAUUCCGACAAGCACCGAGAUGCUGGCUAAUUACGGUGGAAAAGAAAAAGCGGCAGAAUUUGUACCAGUCGUGCUUGAUGAAUGGAUGGAAAAAUUGGAUGUGGGAAUGCGACAUGGAACUAGCAGCGCCGUCGAAGAACUUACUUCGCAAUGGGAAUUAACAUACAAUGAAGAUGAGGACGACGAGGAUAGUGAUGACGGUCAGACAAUUGGAGCUGACCGACAAUCAUUAGAAAUUGUUUGA